AUGUAAUCCCCAACUCGUAUCAUUGACGGUUUAUUUAUUGGAGAUUAGAGUGCAGCACAUGAUCUUGAAUUCUUGAUAACGAAUAAAAUUACAAAAGUUAUUAAUUGCGCUGGAAAGUAAAUACCAAAUCAUUGGGAAUCAAUUGGCAUAGAAUACUUAACUUAUGGUUGGAUUGAAAGUGAUAAUCAGUUUGCAAUUGACCAUUCUCGUUGUUUUUCAUUUAUAAAUGAUAACCUAGAAGCAGGAGAAGCUGUUUUAGUUCACUCAAUUAAAGCUCUCAAUCGAUCUGUUUUUGUGAUUGCUGUAUUUUUGAUGAGGAAAUUUAAAUGGACCUUGUAAAAAACCCUUUAGUAUGUGUAAAACCUAAAAAAUAAUAAUGAUAUCAAGUAAAAUGUGAUGCAGCAACUUGUGAAUUUUGAAAAAUGGCUGCAAAUCAAUAAACUGAGUAACAAUUGGGACUCUACUCAAAAUUAAGAUGAGGUUGUAGCAAGAAACACUUAUCUUAAUAGUUAAAAACCUUAGGAAUGUGAACCAAGACUAAAAAAGGAAGUAGGCUCUAAAAAAGUUCAUUGGAAUAAAAUCAUCGUAUCCCAAUAUAUCCCUCCUUAUUUCUAAAUCUAAUUCAAAAAUCUAUCAAAAUUUUAACCUGAACCUUCAACUUAAGUUUAAAACUAGAAUACAUAACUUCCAACCAAGCUGAGAAGACAAACAACUGACAAUUGGAUGAAUAAGAAACUUCCUUUGAAUUAAGUUAAUGAUGAUAAAAAGAUCAAUCUUUUUUGCAUAAAAUCUGAUAGACAAUAAAUAAAACCUUUAUUAAGACCAGGAACAGCUCCAUAAAAAAGACUUAUCAAAAAUAAAUGGCAAUCAUAAUCCCAUAGAGUCUUAGUUAAAUAGGCAUGA